AUGGCGCGACCCUCAGCGCGGGCCUUCCCGUCCACCAUCUCGUUCAUCUGUCGCCAAUGUCGACUCCAUGACAAAAUCCAAUUGACAGCUCAUCGUCAAUGGAUCCAGCCUCUCGGAAGAUACCAGGGCUUCUCUACGACAACACAUUCUGCCGCAGAGGUUCAGAUCCGUGCUGCGCCCGAGAUAGACAUUGACGACUCUACAUCUCUUCCUGCUCGAAUCCUUCCACGAUCUCCCUCCUAUUUCACAGCCUCUCCGGUCUUCAACGAUCACCUUUUACUGUUACAAUCACUCGUCAAGAAACACGCAUCGCUACCAACAGCUCCUCCAGACCAGAUACUGCGGCCUGCUUGGCUGAAGCUAAAUCAAUACCGAAGCUCAACAGGCGAACAGGUGGCUGCUUCAAAAUAUUCAAAAGUGCUGGUUCUCUUGACUCGGUUGAACAAGAUUCAUCCCAGAUAUUGUCCCAAGGAAGUGAAGCAAAUCCUGACGCGAUUCCGACGUCCCGGCUCCGAAGAGAUACAGAAGGCAAAGCCUGGCAAGAUCGACGAGUAUGGCAGGUCUAUCGGUAUAGGACGAAGGAAAGAGUCCUCUGCGAAGGUGUAUCUGGUGGAAGGUACUGGAGACGUAAUGGUCAAUGGACGCAGCAUCGUACAAGCAUUCCCACGACCUCACGACCGAGAGAGCGCACUGUGGGCGUUGAAGAUCACACAAAGAAUGGACAAGUACAACGUUUUUGCAUUGGUAUCUGGUGGAGGGAUUACCGGUCAGGCCGAGUCCCUCACAUUGGCUCUUGCCAAGGCUCUGCUGGUACACGAACCAGCACUGAAGCCAGCUCUGCGACGAGCCGGCUGUGUUACUUCGGACCCGAGACGCGUCGAACGCAAGAAGCCAGGUCGACUCAAGGCACGGAAGAAGCCCGCUUGGGUCAAACGGUGA